AUCAUCUGUCUAAUAGAUUAGUGAGAAGUGUGCUUCUUCACAAUAUUUCCCGACAUGGCUUCUAAACGUUCAAAUUAUAAAGAUUUUGUGUGGGCUAUUAAACUAAACCGGUGUGCUUUCAAGAUGAUCGGUUUAUGGCCCGAAAAUCAGGAAGAAACAAAUACGAAUAACUUUUUUUCCAAUAUUCUGGCAAGUUUUAUUUUUAUUAUGAUUACUUUGGUACUUGUUAUACCUCUUAUAUGGUCUCUCGUACGAAUUUGGAGUGAUAUGAUACUUAUGAUAGACAAUUUGCAACUGACAAUACCGAUAAUAUUGUCAUGUCUGAAGCUUGUCAUUAUGCGAUGGAAACGAUCAGCUAUUUUACUCAUCGUGAACAUGAUGGCCGAAGAUUGGAUGUAUUUAAGUGUAGACGCAGAAAGACAUGUGAUGAUAAAACAAGCGCAAAUUGCACGAUUAUUUACAAUCUAUGAAUAUAGUAUGGGCACAUUCGCAAUCAUCAUACUUACUGUUUUACCAUCAUUUGGGUUACAUUUUAGACAUUUAACAAAUCUCACGGACAGAGACAGAGUAUUACCGAUACAAGCCUAUUAUUUUUAUGACACAGAUAAAAGUCCGCAGUUUGAGCUUACACUUGCUGCUCAGUUUAUAUCGAUGUGUUUUAAUAUAAUAAUUUACGUUGGCGGAGAACUUGUGGCAAAAGAAUGCGAAGCAGUAUAUCGUGCUUUGUGCGAUCUCGAAUGGUACAAAUUGGAGCCGUUGGAAUCGAGAGCUUUAAUUUUAAUAAUGAUACGAGCCGGCGAAUCUUUUCGCAUCACCGCGGGAAAAAUAUUUCCACUUUCAAUGGCUACAUUUUGUAACGUAUUAAAGACAUCUGUUGGCUACAUAUCAUUUUUAUUGGCAAAGCGUAGUUGA